CAAUCACACGUGUUUACCAUCCUCCAGUAUACACAACGUUUACCUACUGGCCUUCUCGUGCCGCUAGUGCUCAAUAUUAUUUUGUAAUUUUUGAGAGGGUUUGCCUCGAUAUAUUAUCACCAAGAUGUCAUACGCACAGAAGUCCAAGGUGCAGAAGGUUAUGGUACUGCCAAUUAACCUUAUCUUUAGGUACCUGCAGUCACGAGCCCGUGUACAGGUGUGGCUUUAUGAAAACCAGAAUCUACGUAUUGAAGGCCAUAUUAUUGGCUUUGAUGAAUAUAUGAAUGUCAUGCUUGACCAGUCUGAGGAAGUGCAUAUGAAGAAAGGAACCCGGAAAACUAUUGGUCGCAUUCUACUGAAGGGUGAUAAUAUCACACUAAUUCAAAAUACUCAACCAGAUGGCACGAACAUGUAGUUUCCAGCAUCCAUUAUUACUGGGCUGUCAAGACAGUCUCUUGUAACUAGUUAGGAGGCACGUUUUUCCAAUUCAUCAAAGACAGUGAUUGUUUCUGGAUGGAAUACUAUACAGUACAAGUUUUGUUGAUUGGUUUUGCAUCGUUUGCCAGAACCUUAAGUCCAUGUAACCAUUCGUUUUUGCCUUUAUUCUUCUUAAAAUUAUAUGAAUGCAGGUAUCCCUUGCUAUACAAAUGGGUUAGAUUUUUUGAAAAUGAUUCGUUAAAGUGAAUAUUCAUAUAAGCAAUAUAACAAGAAAGCCUGAAUAUUGUACCAAGAAAAAUUUAAAUAGGUUCACAAUCAACAAAAACCCUACCUAACUACAGGUAGACCUCGAGAUACGAUGGGGUUGGGUUCCUGAAAGCCCAUCGCUAGGUAAAUUUAUUGUAAAUAGGGAGCAUUAUAACAUGGGGUUCAAUGGGAUACAUUCCCAGCCAGUCCCCAAACAAACAUGUAUCACCAACAAAACAAUUCCUACAAUACUACUAUCAGUACAAAACGAUUAAACAACACUCGCCACAUCCUGUAGAAUAAGCCUGGUUAUCAUCACAUGUCCCCUUCGAGGCUAAGGGGACUCUUGUAAGUGGAGUGGAGACAUCACUCUGACUCCCACACAGCCUCUGGGGAGUCUCAUGCUUCUUAGCAAUGUCAAGCUUCACCCCAGAGACUCGGUUGUCUUAGAUGCCUUGGCCUUCCCAGACAUUUUCAAAGUUACACUGUGCACUUCACAGCAAAAACACUUGUCACAAAAACAGAGCAAACGAUGAUAACAAAAACAAUGAUAGCGGCCGACACUGUUUACAUUUCAAAAGAACAAAAACAACAUUCACCAUAACACAGUUCACUCUAAAUGUUAGUGCUGUCCUUUCACUACAUAAGAAAAAACCCACUGAUGAUAAUUACAAUGUACGAUGUUGGCCGAUAAUCGUGGAGCCAUGCGAUGGCGGGUUUAUGAUUGACAAAGAACCAAGCUCAGGGCUGUAAUACUUGGGUUGACCGUGUGGCAGUGCAUGGUUAGGCUUGCAAGUGAAAGUAGAGAUGUAUUAUAUGUAGGGUUAAAUAUUGUUUCUUUAUAAAAUGUCACUGUCUUGAAGUAGAAAAAUGUAAUUUGCAUUGCUGGAAUCCCUGCAAGAUAGCCAUUAAUUUGAGUACUUAUAUACCCUGUACAACCCAUAGUUUGCACUACUGUAUAUAAAAAAAAUCCAACCAAUGGAUAUUGAUGGCUAUUCGAUGGAUAUCGUUAAAGCGAGUUGUUUUGAUCAUAUAGAGCGAGAUUAUCUUAAUUUAAAACCAUCAUUAAAAUGGAAUAUUGCAUCUAGGGAUAUCAUAUCCGAAGGUUUACCUGUAUUGUAAAUUAUCCCCUAACUACUGUAGCUUUGUAACUAACUACUGUACAGGAAAACCCCCAAUGUAAUAUUUAAAAAAAUUUAAUUCAGUUCACAAACAACAAUAAACAUACCUAACACUGUAAAUUUGUACCUAAUUACUGUACUGUGAUUUAGUAUCUAAUACUGUAAUGUAGCAUCUAGCAUGUUAGAAAAAUAAUGAAAUAUAAAUUUGAUACAUUUCCUUAAGGGACCAUAGUUUUUAUUUAGUGAGAAAGAGGUGUAGGAAUAGAAUAUUCCUAUUGUAUAAGCGAAUAUUCGGAAAGUGAAGGUUCGUUUAGCGAGGGAUACCUGUACAGGUAUAAAGUGACUUUCAGGUUGAAUAAAAGAAAAAUAUAUUUUCAUUGACAUAUUUGAUCAUGCAUUUCCUGGGUUGGUCUGCCUUUUUGAAAAUUCAAGCUACAUUAGUAUUUUACUGUAUACAUAAUUUUUGUAUUAUGCUAAACUACAGUACAAUUUCAUUGAUUUGUCAUCAUUCAUUUCUUAUAGUCAUGUCUGAGUGGAAGCAGUGUUUGUAAUAAAUCUGUGAAGUACA